AUGUCUGGACUCGUCAACAAGGUCAAGGAGGCACUCCUUCACGAUAAGACCGACAGCACGCACGCAACGGGCCAGACGAAGAACUCUGCCGAGCCUCGAACUGGUUUCCUAGGCCACGGUACCACGGGUCAUGACGGCUCCUACGCCACAGGUGACCACUACGUCACUGGCGGAGACAACUCGAACAGAGGGGCCGAUGGACCUGCUACCAGGACUGACGGUCCUCACUCGUCCAACAUGGCGAACAAGGUCGACCCUCGUGUCGAUUCCGACGGCGACCGCAGCCAGAAUUUGGGCGCGAACCCUCACGGCACCGCUACUACCGGAAACACGACGACGCCUGCGACCCGUGGCCUCUCCGCAACCACAGGCCACACCACGACGACAGGCCAUCACAGCAGCAACCUUGAUGAAAGCCGUGCACUAGGCUCCAACACGGCAACUGGUCCUCACAGCAGCAAACUUGUCAACAAGGUUGACCCUCGUGUCGACUCCGACCUUGACGGAAGCCGUACCCUCGGUGCCAACACGACGGCUGCCCACUCAACCACUGCCGGCCACAACGCUACAGGCAUGGUCUCUGGCGCUGCUGGGCAUGCUGUCAUGGAGGAUGCCAACCGUGGAUUCGACGGACCUGCGAGCAAGACGGAUGGCCCUCAUUCAUCCAACAUGGCGAACAAGUUGGAUCCUCGCGUCGAUUCUGACCGCGACCACAGCAAGAAUUUGGGUGCGAAUCCCUCCGGCAGUGCCACAACCGACACCACAACCGACACCACUAAGAAGCCCGCCAGCGGCACCGGUGGUCAACACGCCUUCUUCACCGGUGCCAUUCCUCCCGGCACCGGCCUGAUUGGCACGACGGGAACUCAUAACCAAGGUGCCCCGGAAGGUACCUACGGUCACCACAACAGUCGUUUGGCCAAUGUCGCCGACCCCCGGAUCGACUCGGACGCCGGUGGAAGUCACGACAUGGGCUCCAACACACACUCGACUAUGGCAGGCGUCGCGGGUACCCACGGCAGUACCGGAACCCACACCGGCCCGACGGGCACGCGCCAUGACGCUCCAGGUCCCGCUCCCAAUACCGCCGGCCCUCACAAGAGCGACAUGAUGAACAAGUUGGACCCCCGAGUGGACAGCGACCUCGACGGCAGUAAGACCAUUGGUGGAGAUAAGACAGACCAUUUGUUGGCAAACAAAGACCCCACCGAUGCCGCCCAGGUUCCUCCUUCUGUGCUAAGGAAGCAUAUUGGGGAUGUGCAGAUCCAGCACGAUGAUGCCGAGCAUGAGCGCGAAGAGCGGCAUAGCAUCUCGCACCAGGAGCAGCAUCGAGGUCUAUAA